AUGUGUCAGGUGGGUGGCCGACAGGCCGCCAACCGCGUGUGCUCCCUUUGCUUGGGCGGCGUGGACCACGAAGAUACCCCCACGGCGCCACCUGCCUGGGACGCACUGGGGACAGUCCACCCCGCCCCAAGCCACGCCGGCCUCGACCCCCAUCGCUGGGGGAGGAGGAGCAGGAGGAGGUGGGAGAGCAGUCGCGCCCUGGGAGGGGCGGCCGGGCCCCCGCGGUCGCGGCUCCGCACCCCUUCCCCUUCCCCACCCCCACCCCUACACCACCACCAAGUGGCUGGGCGAAAAGAGAAACCCGUGGGCGGAGCGACCAGAACAAUCUCUUUCGCCACUGAAGCCCCCGUACGAGUGGACCGCGGACAGGAGCACGCGCGGGUGCCUGAGGAGCGGGACGCCCGCCCAGAACGCGCUUCCGGGCGGGGCCUUGCCAACAACCGCGAGAAGGAGCCCACGGGGAGCCGGCCUCCUAGGGAGGAGGGAAUGCCUUCGCCCCUGGCCCCGGCCAAGGGCCACGCGCGGCACGGCUCAGCGGCGCUCCUCGACUCCGUAUGGGGACUCCGGAGAAGAAAACGUCAGAGAGGAACCGACUGGGUGCCGCGAGCGGGGCCCAGGCGGCGGGCAGGGAGGAGCCCGAGCGGCCACCCGGGCGUGGCGCCCGUCCCCUCGCGUCUCCCGGGUGGCCUCUGGGCUUUGAAAAAUUCCUCAGAGGCGCCGCCGAAGAACGCACCGACGCCAGGAGCGAGCUCCAAACGAGUCCCAGUCCGUGGCGCCCCGUCCGGCCACUCGACAUGGCACGCCCCGGUCAGCACCCCCGGAACGGCCGCGAGGCACCCACCCCAAGCGUUCCCCCUCGAGCGACCCGGCCGGUCGUCCGGACAGCCCGUCACCGCGGCCAGACGGUGGCUUUCGGGGCGGGGGAGGCGGGCGCAGCGGAGCCAGCGCGUACUGGUCCACCCGCACGGGCGACCCCACACACCCUUCCUAAUCCUGCAGGUACAGUCUCUGGCCAGGAGGUCGGGCGCGGACACACGGUGCCACCGGCACGAUCCCACCAGCGCGGCCGGGCUGCUGGAAGUCCACCUUGUGCGAAGCGGCCAGAGGACCUCCCUCGCGGCUCGGAAAGGGACAGAGGAUCUAAAAGCGGCCGCCAGGUGGCGCCCGACAAUCGUCGCCAGCGUCAGCGGGAUGGAGCCGGAGAGCGGGCCGGCUAGGGCACCCCGCCGCCCGUCCGGAGGACCGAUCUCGUCCCGGCAUAUCACAUCUGCCUCGGGGCAGCGGCGGGGGGUCUCGGGAAGAAGACCUCCGGCUCCCGGGCCGCUGCGGCCGGGCAACUGGCAGGCGACAGAAUUUCCCAAGAUUCGCCGGCGGGCUAUAGCGGAAGAAGCGGACAGGACCGAGCUUCCCCCACCCCUCACCCAUUCUCCGCCUCAACCGCACACCCGAGCCGCGACCGCCUACGGCUCGGCCCUCCGGCCGCCCUUCUCCCGGCUCGGCCCUCAGGCCGUGAUUCUCCUGGCUCAGACCUCCGGACGCCGUUCUCUCUGCUCUGCUUUCCGUCUGCCUUUCUCCCGGCUCCGCCCUCGGACCGCAGUUCUCCCGGAUUGGUCCUCGGGCCACGGUACGCCCAGGUCGGCCCUAGGGCGCGCUUCUCCUCGCUCAGCACUUCGGCAGUCAUUCUCCUGGCUAGGCAAUCGGCUGCGCCUGUCGCUGCACGGCUGUCGGGCCGCCGUUCCACUGGCUCGGAUCUCCUCCCGCAGUUCUCCCGGCUCGGCCCACCAGCCUCUCUCCUUCUGGCCCGGCCCUCCUACUGCCGGCCCUCCGGCGGUGGUUCUCCCAGCUCGUCCUUCCGGCUGA